AUGUGGCUAACGCAGGAGGAGCAAUUGGCUGUAACGCAAAUGGAACAGGAUGCGAUCGUAUUCCUUUUACGUUCAUCUGGUACACAUUGUUUGUUAUCAUCGUUGUUCUUCUCUGCGUUGUUCUCCCAUUUGUCGUAUUCUUCUACGAAACGAUGGAUAUCGAACAACCUCCAACGGGAGAGCGUUGCCGAUCGGCUUGCUCUUGGACGCUGGGAGUGA